AAAUGCUACUUAUUAGGUCAGAUUAAAUGAUUACAAAUUUGACUUUAGGUGUUCUUUUAUUAUCACUAUAAAGGUCAGCAGCAGCCUUGGAUGCCUAAAACAAAAGGCCACAUCAUAUAUUAUUAUGAACACUGUAACUCGGUCCUGAAUGCCAGCUGAUGUGACAAUAUGUUUUUGACAUAAUGCUGUAUAUUUCCAACAAUUUACACACAGUCGUCACACUUCACUCCUAUGACCAUGAUGCUUCAGUCCUUUACUGUGCGGCUCUGUACAGUUCUGUUUUGUACUGGACACUGCUGCCCAUAGUCACACUCAAUCUGACACUCAAGACUGUGCACCCAUAUGACGUGAGACACUCCAGCACAUGACAUAUUUGGCUUUAAAAUGACGUCACGGCAGUGUGGGGCUCAGCAAGCAGGUCGCUCGUCAGUCUGAGAGAAGAGGAGCAGCAGGAGGAGACGGACCAGCCUCCUCUCCUCUCGAAUGACAAAGCUCUCAUCCCCCCCUCUCUCCAACUCCUCUGAAACAACUCUCAACCUUCAGGAUUCUCCUUCGUCGCUCCCCCUCUUCCUUUUUUCAGUUGCAUCCUAAUUUUUCCUUUUUUACUUUGUCUUACCCCUCCGCACCCCUCAACACCUCCAGAGAUGUGAGUAGAUAACGAGGACCCCCUGCCAGCAGUGACUUGUCUCCUCCGUGCUUCAGAGAGCCGAGCAUCCUCAUCUUCCACCCUCAAUUUCUGGACGUUCAUCUGUCUUUCAACAAUGUAGGAGAAGGUGCGCUGUCAUUUCAGCGACGAGGAUGCCAACUACAUGGCUUGUUUUUGUUCUCCGCAGCAAAAUAUCUGUGUCUUUGCACCCUGGGGGAAAAUGAAAGAUUUGCGUGAGGGCAAAGUUUGAGCGUACCUCUUUUGGUUUCCCGCUCACCUGUCCCCCUGCACGCGCGUACCUCUCUCCUUUCAACUGAUAAGGAGGAAGAUUAUCGCCAAUUAGAACAAUUGACGAGCAACUUAAAAGAGACUUGACUCUUGUUGUGGUAUUUUUUUAGAGGGAUCUGGCAGCGUUGUUGGAUGAAUUCUGUGUGCGCAACGUUGAAGGAUAUGGCUUAAAUAAUGUUUGCGUUACUGACAGCUGGAGUAAGGUCCGUCACUUGAGUGUUUUUAUCAGCCAUUGUCGACUCUGGUGGAAACCCAUCUAAAUGGGAGGAUACCUGAAGGACUGAGUCGGAUUCGGCAGUCGAGAAAAAUGUGGAUAAAACGGAGUGUUGCGCGCAGUCCGUCUGCUUUGAGGCCAGGCAGCUGUGUGGGGCAAAGGGUGUGGAUCCUGCUGGCCAUGACCCACCUCACCCUGGACUUCUCUGUGUGCAGCCCCCUCAGUCAGGGUCUGGGGAUCAAACUCAUGCCCAAACCGGUGCCUCGCUCGCGGCCUCGCUGGCAGCCCAUCUGGGAGACGCCCAACAAGCUUCACUGGAGAACAGUGAGCCCUCUCGCCCGCCGCCUCCUCAACCCUAUCCCUCCACCACAAGACAAUAGGGCAGGGAUAGGGCCUAAAAUGAAGGGUCAAAAGCAUCGGAAGCCAGCACAUAAAGGACAAGCAGGGUGUAAGGAGUGCCGGUUAAGAUACUCUCAAAUGGAGACAGGUGAUCCUGUAAUCGCGGAAGCUCCUGCAGCUUUAUCCAGUGGGAGCAGAGGAGACACAGUGAGGUUGUUACUUAGAGCCAGGAGGCAGCUCAAAUGGGACAGCUAUGACAAGUCUCAGGAGGGCCGGACUACCACGGUGGCCGGAUAUAUCGACUGGGGACCCACAGGGACAGAUAGCAUAGAUGAUGAUAGCAAACCGGAGCCCAACAUUACGCUGUCCACCAGGGUCUCAACUACCACAGUGGCAACAACCACUAGUACUACAACCAGGCUCUCCCAAAGGACGUUCACUGUGGUGACCACACCAGAGCCCAAGAGGCUAAGCACCACCAAGGCCACUAACAACGUCGGGGAGACUGCCAAACCACCAAAGCCAUAUGGAGACCCACCAGGUUUGGCAGUUCACCAGAUAAUCACAAUCACUGUGUCUCUCAUUAUGGUUAUCGCAGCCUUGAUCACAACACUCGUCCUUAAAAACUGCUGUGCGCAGUCGGGAAAUGGUCGCCACAAUAGCCAUCAGCGCAAGAUCCACCAGCAGGAAGAAAGCUGCCAAAACCUGACAGACUUCACCCCAGCCCGGGUGCCCAGCAAGGUGGACAUCUUCACUGCCUACAAUGACAGCCUGCAGUGCUCACAUGAGUGCGUUCGGACUGCCGUGCCCAUCUACACUGAUGAGAUGAUCCAGCAAACGCCCGUCUACAAGACUGCUUACAACGGAAACAGGCCCUCCCCCACUGAAAGACAACUGAUUCCUGUGGCCUUUGUGUCAGAGAAAUGGUUUGAGAUCUCUUGUUGACAAGCUGAAGGCCUUGUUCACUUCCUGUAGGUGGAAGAGACUUCCUGAAUUCACGCUCUGGAUCCAGUUGGAAACAAUAAACACACAAAAACAGCUUCUUUUGUAAAAUAGUGUGAUCACUCUUUGGACACUGGUGAAGAUAUUUAUUUUUCUAGAGAUGACAAGCAGAGCAGCCACAACGCUGCCAAUCCAUAUUUCCAGGAACGUGCAGUCAUUUAGAUAUAGAUCAUAUAUAGGUACAUUUACAGGAUGUGUGAGGCAAGACUGUGACCGUCACGGAUGUCUCAAGGAAAACAUGGAAGUAUAUUUGACAUUUGACAAAGGCACCCAAGGAGCUGCUGUGGGUGGAAGAUGAACUGUAUUUCUGAACAAUGUGCCAAUAAUGCCACUAUGUGCCACAACCUGGAUAGAAGGAAGUUUCAACAACAACUGAUGGACUAAACAAAGAGCGCUAUAUUAACCCUGUAUCGACUCCAACUACAUUGUUUUUUUUUUGUGUGUGUUUUUUUAAAGAAAUGUGAAAGUUAAAAAAUGCUACAAAUGUAUUUGAAUAUGUUUUGAAAUAGUUUUAAGAAAUGUGUUGCAAAAGAGUCUAAAAGAUAUUUAUAUGAAGCACUAUUCUAUUAGUCGGGGAAGAGAGAAGAUGGAAAAAAGAAACGGUAUAUGCUUUAUUGAACAGUUGAUUUUAAAACAUUGUUUCUAUCGGUCCCAUUUUAAAAACAGAAUAGUUAUGUCUAUUUUUUUACACAGAAGAGUCUGCCACACCCCCAACAGCGGAGGUCCGAAGCACCUGGGAUUUAGCACUGUUAAUUAAAUAUUCCCCCACCCAAGCUCAGAAAGAAAGAGUAACCAUCUGAAUACACAUCGUGCAAGCCAAUCCGAUGCCUGUUCCAAAUGCUUAUUAUGUGAGAUUUGUAGCUGAAUUUGCUUAAACGAAAAAUACACAAAAGGUUUCUGUGGUGCAGGCUCACUGCUGCAAUGAACCCCAUAGCAGCAAAUUCAUAUAUAGAUUGUGUAAGGACCGCUACAAAAGACUGCAUGGAGCUGGACAGGACACUCAUACUGCCUCAGGUCUGUCUAGCUCUCUUGCACACUUCAUUUUGGUUUCAGUCUCAGCAGCUGUUUGGGAUCAAUUCUAAUGAUUAGUUGUGAUUCAGAUCGGAGCUGCAAUGCUGAAAAGGGUGGAAUAGAUUCAAUAUGAGCUUCACAUUCAAAUAAUUCAUGUGAUAAUUUGCAUAAAUAGGAAGGAGAUUGAAAAAUUAAUCCCCCUACAGAUAAUAAAUGAAUAUCCCCACCCAACUCCCAGAUUGGUUCACUUUUGACAAAUUAUUUCUGAAGUCUACAAAGCUGAAUUAUAGUCAGAGAGUCAAGAAGAACAUGAACCAAUUUGUUUAAGAGAAUAAAAUUAUCCUCAGUUUUUAAACAUAGACUUUGAGAAGCUGUGAAAGAGGUGCUGCAAAGGGGCGUCCCUCAGGAUCAAAAUGAUGUGCAUCAUGUGUUUUAAAUGCUGAGUGCAAGCAGGAAGGAAUUCCCUCACCAAAUGUGGUUAGUUCACUUCAGUGCCAGAUCCACUCAACAGUUUGAGGACAAUUUUUCUACCAUAUCAGAAUUUCAGCUAACACAGACAGUAUUUUGGGGAUUGGUGACAAAUAGAUUGUUUUAUUUUGUGCUAAAGGAAGCAGAGCGAAAAUAUGAUAGACUUAUGAGAAAGAAGAGUUGAAUUUUAUUCUUUUAGAAACCUAAAACACUCAGUGUCAGUGUAUUGUUGAAGUAAGAGGAUUAUGACAAGCCAAUCAGCCACCGCCAAAUUGGUUUAAACUAUCUCUUAAGUAAAGGUGAGGAAACUCCAUGGUCAGGCAGGACAGUAAAGCUCUCCUGAGAGCAUUCUAGCACCAAUAAUUUUAUUAUCAACCUCAAGCUCUGAAAGACAGAUUACCUUUGUGCUCUGAAACUUUUGAGCAGGCCGCCUAUAAAUCUACCUUUAUUGUGCUGUGGGUUUGUACAAAGCACAAAUACAAUUCUGUAAUUGUAAAUGUUUUUGGCUGCAGACAGCAAUAUGUACAGAUCAAAAAGGAGGGUUUUAUUGUGUGUCGACAGUGGAUCUCCAGUAAUUCUCCUUAAAGGAUUCGAGAAAACAGGUUGUUCCAGUGAGAUCAGUAUCCGUAAAUGUGAGCCAUUCAGGAGGUGCCAAGAUGGUGUGGGAUAAACACUGUGGUGCAAAACUCAAAACUGCUUUUGCCCAUUCACAACAUAAAAACCACUCUCAUGAAUGACCCAUACCAGUUCAGCCUCACAUGUGUGUCAGGCUGCGGAGUUGCUUCUUUGACAUAACAUAUAUUUUUUUGAAUGAAGAGUGUUAUCUUAAUAGUCAGAGGGUUAUGAAAACUUAAUGUAUAUUAUACAUGUGUAAAUGUAUUUUCUAUAUAUUUGCUUCUAUUUGUGUACAGGUGUGUUAUAUUUUUCAAAACCUCUCCUGUUUUUGGGAAGGUUUCAGCUAGGUCGGGGAUAGUGUCUUUGUUUACAUGUGUAACUACGGUAUUUCUUUCAAAACACAAAACUAACCUUGUGCCAAGCUUCCUACCUGCACUUUCAAGCAGUACUUGUAUUAUAUCUUUAGCUAGCCAGUAUAAUACUUCAGUAGACGCUGCAAUAGUUCAGAGACUGGAGAGUCAUUUCCAGGUGGAAUGUGUGAAAGUAACAGUGCUGAGUGGUUUGAAGAAAUGUUGUGAUCAUAUCUUGGGUUCUGCUGUAUUCAUGGUUGGCUGGGAAACCAAUGACUUGCUGUUCUUAAACAUCAUUUCUACAUGAAUUAUAAUAUACAGUGUUUCAUCACAUGAAUAAUAAACAGUGUAAAUCCAACAGUAGCUGCCAAGAAACCAACUUCACUUGAUCUAGACUGGGUUGCAUUCAUUUGUCAUAUUUCUCAUAUUGUAUUUGUAUAUACAUAUCGCUACAACUGCCCCAGACAAAUGUAUGAUUUGUCACAUACUUUACUGUAAUAACUGCGAAAACUAACAAAUAUUAUAUAUUAUGAGCAUAUGAAAUAAUCAGGGAAAGAAUUGUAAAGAGAGGAUGGCUAGGACUUUGUCUGGAUUUUCCUUUUUGCUGCAACUGCUAAAAGAGGUACACAUAAGGAUGUGGGAAACUAUUUCAUUUAUCAAGGUUUUUUAAAGGAUAAUUCUAGUUUAUUUCAACUUGGGCCUCAUCUUUAAGUAUAGGCAUGGGUUGGCAAUUCUGGUCUGUUGGUUGGCUGGUCCACCUCUUUGGUCCAAACUGAAAUAUCUUAAUAACAAUUAGAUGGAUUGCCAUGACUAUUUGUAUAGACAUUCAUAGUCCUCUUAAUAAGAAUCCUAAUGAAUUUGGUGAUCCCCUGACUUUACUUCUAGCACCAAAAUCAGGUUGACAUAUUUGGCUCAUAGCGUAAUGUCUUGACUACCGAUUGAUGUAUUACCAUAAAAAUUGGUUGAGAUAUCUUUGGUGCUGACAAGAUGAAACCUAAUGACUUUGGUAUUCCUCUGAUCCCUUGACAAGCAUGCUAACACACUAAACUAAGAUGGCGAACAUUGAUGUUCAUUGUCAUUGUGAACAAGUUAGCAUGCUGACAUUAGCAUUUAGCUCAAAGCAUUGCUGUGCUGCCUCACAGACCCACUAGCAUAACUGUAGACUCUUUGUCUUGUUAGCUUUGACCAACAUUUCUAUCGGUUAUGAUGACAUUGUACAGCAAUAUAGCUACACUGAAAUCCUCCAAACUGUGUGCAUGUAGCGGCAUGUUUAAGUAACCUACAUAAGGUUGGUUAUUUAACCUACAGUAGGUUAGUUAAUCCUUCAUUUCAGCCUGUAAAUUAAUGUUUUCAACAGACAGUUUAGAUAUUCAUUUUACCAUUCACCUUCCUUUUCCAAAUAAGUCACUAGUGUUUGCUAACAAUUUAUCCAACUGUUCAUGUUACCCUAUCUGAGUUAUUUUUAGUGAUGUUGCCACAUUCCAAGAUCUCAACAAUUAACUUGGUGAGUACAAUGUUAUAAUUACUGAAAGGAAUGAUGGCCAAAAGUAUGAAAAUUAGAUCCAAGUUGUACUAAACCUGAAUUAUCCAUUAAGCAUACAUACUGCAGAUUGUUAGCGAUCUUUGCUGAAAUAUCAUGAAGGUUUUCCCAAUCACAGCCACAACUUUAAGAAAUUCGGUCUGCUGGCCAUUUGAGACCAUGCAAGUUCUGAACUGCUUUGAAAACUGUUUUAUCAAAGGAGGUACUUGUGGUUGCCAAGUUUCUGUACUACUUACACUGUACCUGAUAAUUGUAAAAUGUCAAUGUGAGCCUACUGAAAAUCGUUGAAAUUUUUGUACCAAGCUGAUAAUGUGUGGGACUGACUUCUGAUUCUACCAAAUCUGAUUAGACAAAGGGGAACUUUGACAUUUUGAAUUUCUUUCUGUGUUUAAUACUGUGGGGAAAAGGUUUCUAGGGUUUCUAGGUAAGGUCACAGGGAAAAGCUUGUUUGCAUUGAUUAAAACUGUAGGGAGCUGCUAGCUAAAAGCGAUCCACUUUGCAUUUCUGAAGGACAUUUAGAUGAGGAAAAAUUUAACUCGCAGCUGUGAUAUCAACAGGCACAUGUAUCUGGAGACAUUGGCAAACAUCACCCUUCCUCCUUUUACCUCUGUCUGAAAUCCAACUGAUAUGCAAGGAAAUGCCUUACUGCGUUCUUGCCUUUUCAGUUUAUAUUUCAGGAUAGCUGAUGAGAGUGGUGUAUUACAGCUAAGAGGGAGGAAAAUGAUUCCACUCCACUGGUCAGAUUUGAUUCAGGUAACGUGAGAGCAAUGCAGGCAAAGGCAGGGAGAAAGGGGAGGGGGAGCUUGUAGAAAAGUCUUAAAUAGACACCAAAGACUUGACAUGCCUUUUUUCACAACAAAUGAAUAUUUUGCGGCUCCCGCCUCUGUCUCCUCAGCAAGCCACGAAACCUAUGUUCCCUUCAGCACAAACAAGCUAUCAAUCAGCAAGGCUUUUCCUGUCAAGAUGAAGGAUGCAGCGCGCAUUCAUCUACAGGGCCUGUGAUUCCUGUUUGCAUGUCAGACAUAAGAAGUGGACCUUAUUGACAUGUGUUGUUUGAAUUAGAUGUUGGCUCCGAGGCCAGGGCUUGUUUUUUCCAUAUCAUCGGAAGCAUUCACACGAGAGGAGGCGAAUCAAUGUAUCGAUUAUGUUAAAUCAUGGCCUUCGGGUUUCUGAAUUUCCGAGAAACAUGUUUCACAGCCAUCAGUGAUGGUGAUUUAAAUAAAGACAGUUAUCAAUAGUAGGUUUCUCAAACAACAAGGUGAGACUCAACAGAGCACCAGAGAAAUAGUUAAUUUAACACUGAAGAACGCAACUCAAAGGGAAGGAAAAGGUUUAUCUUUAUAGACUGAUAUGUAUCUCACUGAAUCCAUUUUUUAUCCUGUCAGAAAACUGUAGCUCCUCACUCCGCUUCUCCUCAUUGUUAAAAAAAAAAAAAAAUCACGUACUGUGCGCUUACUGUAUCUAAAGUGGAGGGCUCCGACUCUCCUCUCGGGUCAUGUUUUUACUUUUCUAUUCACAAGAGCUAAGGCACUGUCACUGUCAGUGCUUAUCAAUACAGUCAAAGACUUGAAAAAAAAACAAAACAGCAGCACUUUGUUUGCAAUAUCACAAUUCUCUAAUAAUCCCUCUGUUAGAAGGUGAUUUGCAUGGAGGGCCUCUGACUGCCUUCAGAACAAAGUGAAGAUCUGGAGUGAGAGACAAGGAAAUUUGGGAUAACAGGAAAACAGUGAUUCAUGGUUGCAUAUUUUCAGAGUUGUUGAAAAUCUGAGUGGACAGAGGUGUAAAAAAUAUAAACAUAAAUAGCAUACGUACAGUUUCAAUUUCAAGGGGUGAGGAAGUUGUACAGGAUUAUUUUC